ACCGCCCGCCCGCGCAGACCCCGAGCGCGGCCGCAGACGAAGAUGGCGACCGCCAUGUACUUGGAGCACUAUCUCGACAGUAUCGAGAACCUUCCCUGCGAACUUCAGAGGAACUUCCAGCUGAUGCGAGAGCUGGACCAGAGGACAGAAGAUAAGAAAGCAGAGAUUGACAUCUUGGCUGCAGAGUACAUCUCCACGGUGAAGACGCUAUCUCCAGACCAGCGCGUGGAGCGCCUGCAGAAGAUCCAGAAUGCCUACAGCAAGUGCAAAGAAUAUAGCGACGACAAAGUGCAGCUGGCCAUGCAGACCUAUGAGAUGGUGGAUAAACACAUUCGAAGGCUUGAUGCAGACCUGGCGCGCUUUGAGGCAGAUCUGAAGGACAAGAUGGAGGGCAGUGAUUUUGAAAGCUCCGGAGGGCGAGGGUUAAAAAAAGGCCGGGGCCAGAAAGAAAAAAGAGCGUCCCGGGGCCGAGGCAGGAGGACAUCAGAGGAAGAUACGCCAAAGAAAAAGAAGCAUAAAGGAGGUGAGAACAGCGUUCUGAGUCUUCCUGCUCCUUCCUGCUUGGAACCUGAAGGCCCUGUCCCGACCGUGCCUUUUCUGUGUGAAAGCGGAACUCCUCCUGGUCUCUUCCUCACCCAGCACUGUUUCUCAAGGGCAUGCUAGGCAUGAGGAAUGCAGGCACCAGGGGUCCUCAUGGUGGUGAAGGAGACCCCAGCUCCCUUUCUCAAGGGCAUGCUAGGCAUGAGGAAUGCAGGUACCGGGGUCCUCGUGGUGGUGAAGGAGACCCCAGCUCCCUGUUGGGGUUGGGGCUUCCUCCCUGAGGGCUCUGCCCUGCUUCAGAGACCUCAGGAACAGCCAGCACCUCUGCAAACACAGGAAGAUCCACCGUGGCCUCAUGGCUUUUCCUGUCCUGACAGUGCGCUGGCCAGCCCUGUUUAGUAGCAAUCGGAGCCUGGGAGCUCAGCGCUGCCUGCCGGGCAGGUUGCAGCAGUGACAGAUGAGAGGGGGGAUCACUGAUGGCGACAGUUGCAGGGCUCCUGCGGCUCUGGGCUGGAUCUAGCUUGUGUGCGAAUCUCUUUCUUCUCCAUGCCCCCGAGUGGCAGUGCUGCUCCUGUCCCAUUGCAAGACGUCGAGACGGGCUGGCAAGGCGAGCUCUGAAGCUGGGCUCUAACGCCCAAGGCGCCAAGCAGGCCCCUUCCAGAGGGACAGGAAGAUGGUACAGGUGGGCAGACAGGGUGUCCUGAGGACCAAGCGGUUGAACCCAAAGCCUGGGCCCGCCGGGGCAGGAGUGUGCACUCAUGUGCCUCCAAGGGCAUCAUCCUGGGUGUGCGCAGGAGCCCGCCUCCCCCUGGGCUCUGGAGCUCUGUGGCGCUCUGUGGUGCUCUGUGGCGCGCGUCCCUGACCCAUCAGCACAGUGGGUUUUCACACCCCUCUUGGUCACACUGUGGUGCCAGGCUGCUCAGCUUCAAGGCAGGUCCUGUUCCCUGCUGGGGACCCAGGAGCAUGUGCCAUCCUGUCCCUGUGGCCUGCCCUCUUCGUGCCCAGGGCCCUUCCUGGAAUGCAGUGUUCCUAGACCGCACAGAUGUUCCGUGUCUCGUCUGAGAUCGUGUGACCUGAGGCUGCCCCCUGCGCUGUUGCUGCCCUGUGGCCUUGCUCUGGCGUGUGGACGAAGGGCAGUGUCACCUGUAACACCUGGAAUCCCGGAGCUUGGACAGGCAGCCAGUCCCCUGCUAGGAGCUACGUGGAGUGCUGGGAAGCCAUUGGGGCCGGGCAUGGAGGGGCUCACUGCCACCAUCUGGCGAGGGGUGCCCGCCACACCCUGGGGAAUUAGCACAGAGGGUGCCUCUUGUGGCAGUGGUGCUGAAGGGAGUCAGAGGGCAGCCGCUGACAGCUGGGGUCAACUCAGCCUGUGCAAGGGACAGGGCUCCCCAUGGCCUCCUGGUUGCCUCCCUCAGGGCUGGUGGUAGCACUCCCUGGCCACGCGCCAUGGCGCUCCCUCAGGGAGACUGGAGAGGCCCGUGAGGCCUCCACGCCGGCCUCAGCUUCUGGGGUGCCCUUGCUGGGUGGUCCCCUCAUGCCCCCGGCCUUCUCCCACUACCGUCAAAUCUGGCCAGCGCCCUCGAACCCGGUGAUGCCGAGACACAGGUCAAGAUGUCGGUUCUGGCUUUGUGGACAGAAUUGAACUUGGCGCAGAAGAGGAGGGCGUCACAGAGAGCAUUUCGGGGACUGCUGGCAGCAGAGGGUGCUGCCCUGCUCUCCACGGGUGAGAGGUGACGCGAGGAGACUGCAGGAGCCCCUUGGAGGUGAAGCCACAGGUGUCAGCCUGGAAUCGGCAGGUGGCUGAGACGUAGACCCUUGUGUGCCGCUGUCAGAGGAGAGGCCUGAAGACUACUUGAGACUUGCUUGAAAGCAGUGUCGGCAGCACCUGGACCUGGACUUGUGACACUGAUGGAUUUCAGCUCUAAAGAGAAACUCUUGUCUAGUCCCAGACAGAAAGAGCAGGAGAGCAGAUUACCCGCAAAGGACAGACUUAGAUGGGCACCCCUGUGCCAGAGGGCAGCGGGGAGGCUGGGUGCAUGCUGAGCCCAAGUGUGUGUGUGUGUGUGUACAGGCAAUCGCAAAGGCGUAGAAGAGCUUUAGACAGGUGUCUAAGGAACAGCUGAGUGUUGAUUCCCUCUGGGACCCAGACUUCUCCUCCUUGGCUCUCCCUGAUCGCAACUGUUUUCCUCACGGCCACGUUCCUCCUGCUAACCUACCGUGUUUAUGUAGCAACUAGAUAUUCUUGGGUUGGAGAGUGGGAUAGGGAAGAUACUUUUUCUUUCUGUACUAAUGGGAAUACACUGUCUAUACUACCUGCAGCUUGUAAGUUUAUUUGAAAAAUACUGAAAUAUAAAAGCGUAAAUUUCCCCCUAAGUGCAUCCCUUUCAAACAGGGGAAAGUCUCCACCUGAGGUCUGUGGUCCUGGUGGGGCAGCCAUGGUGCUGCAGGUGGCAGGCUUGGAGGGAGGCAUGGGCAGGGUGGAAUACCCGCCAGGCUGCUGUGUAGAAACCCACGUGGGAGCUGGUGGGGAUGGAGGAGUGACAAGGAUGGCGUGUGGUCAGAAGGGGCCCUGUGCCAGGUGGACAGCUGGAUGGGUGGUGGGCGGUCCAGGGAGUGUGUGGGGAGCUGCUGGUUUAGUGAGAUUGGGCCAGAGGUGCCUGAGUAGGUGCGUGGAGGGCCCGGGUGCAGGAUGCACGGCUGUUCUCGUGGGAGGAGGUCAUGGUUAUGGGAGAGCUGUUGACAGUGCAGGCCGUUCUGACACCUGUCAGUCUGGGGUGGGAGGCUGGCAAGCUUCUCUCAAGUGUCAGCCAUCUGCUGGUGGAGGUGACAUGUGCUUGUCUCCAAAGGGGCCGGGGUCUUUGGGGGGAUGGCCGAGAAGUGGGGUGAGUCCAGAGAUCCCCGGGGGAGUGCCAUCUGGGAGGAGGGACCGAGACGAGAGUGGACUCGUCCCCAGAGUGGGACCAGAGCCCUGGUGCUGUGGGUGAGUGCUGCGCUUCACGACCUCUUGGGUGCCGUCCAUGCCCCUGUGUCCCCGCCUGGGUCCGAAGGUGGGUGUGAUGUCUCCACCCCUCUGCUGCCAGCUGCUACUGUUUCUGGAUUUUUGUGGGUAGCAGUGUUCUUUCUAGCAUCAGCUGACAAUCUUUUCGUAUCCUUAAUGAUUUUCUUGCUGCGCCUUCUGAGAACAUUGCAUGUUCAGAGGGGUUAUUGAGGUUUUGAAAAUGUGCUCCAGGAAGAAAACGUCCACAAGGUGUGUAUUCAGUUAGUGCAUGACUGCAGUGGCCAGCCCUGGAGUCGCAUUCGUUUCUGAAGGACAAUAGGAAAAAUGGAAGCAAGCUUAUUCAUUAUGUGUCACUCAGAGCACGGUACAGAUUACCCCCUUGGAAUGAUCGUCAUCACAGUUUUGGGGUGGGGGGCCUUAAGUCAGAGGCAGAAGGGCCCGUGGUGUCUGCGCCGCCUCACUUCCCGCCAUGGCCUUCAGCGGUUCCUGUGCCUUGUCCC